AUGACAAUUAAUCAUGAAAAAAUGAAGGGGAAUAGUAACAAUAUUAUUUCCGUUAAAACCGUAUGUAAUUCUGAUAAAUCUUUAUACUAUAGAAACUGUAUAAGUAGCAUAUUAAAUUCAAGAAAUAAUAGAAUAUUAUCAAAAGUUAAGAAUAAAAAAAUCAAUUUGGGAUUAAAAUAUAAAUUAGACCUAAAGAAAAAUUAUUAUUUAGAAAAUAAGAAAUACGUUGGUGAAUCAGAUUGUGGUGAAAGAAGUGCAUCUAAGGAAAAAUAUAAUUCAAAGUUUGCAUCCAAUUCAUCAGUUAAGAAAUGUACAUCCGUUAUAUGUAAACUACAUAUAUUAAUACAUACUUUUUUUGAAAAAUUAUUAUACGGGGUAUUUUGUACUAUAUAUAAAUAUAGGAAAUGUACAGAUCAUACGCAGAAAAAAAGUUUAAAACGUUCUGUAUUUAUAAAAACAACUUUGAUAUUCGCUUUACCAGUAAUUCUCUUUUUAGCAGCAUCUACAAUAUAUAUUUUAGAUCAAUUUUUCUCCCAAACUUUUAUGGAUCUUUUUCCAAUUAGUAGCACAAACAGUUUUUCAAAUUAUAUACGUAAUUAUGGAAAGUUCACUGCAUUGUCAUUAGCUAUUUUAAGUGUUUCAAUGGUUACUUAUACGUUAGUAAAAUUCUUAAAAUAUGUAAUUGAUGUAAGAAGAAAAGAAAUUAAAACUUAG